AUGGCGAAGGACGAAAGUCAACUCUAUAAAAUAACAUAUCGCACAGAUGUCACGAAAGUACUGGAUUUCGGCUACAAUGCCGGAGUUACCCUGCUUCAUCUAGAUCGGUUGCGCCGGGCCAACUGGACUGCUCUAUGGAGGAGUGCGUUGCAGGCUUUGUGGAGUGUGUCCACGAUGCUAAAAGCAGCUGAACAAGACAUUUUCAACGUUGUGAUUGGGAUGCACGGGGAGCUGUUCUAUCCGCUUCCCUGCGUCUGGAAUGUACAAUUAAACGAUGCCGCAAAUAUGUCCACCUGUCCGCAUUCACGCAACGCAAAUGGUCGGUGGUCUGGCGAAAGGCCGCGUGCCAGACUCCUCCACAUGAAUCGUCAAGAGAAGUUUGAGUUUGACAAUGACGACAGACUGCAGCCCUCAGAUGCACCCAAAAUGGAGAAGACUGUCAACGAUCGUCUUACUUGGUACAAAGUAGAACGUAAAGCGGUAACUCUGCUGAACGGAAACACGUUUAUGGAUCCAACGGCCCAACCGCCACAUGAACAAAUCGAAAAGGUACCGUACACUUUACCUGAAAACUCAUUUAUGAUUCCAUUGCCUUGCGCAUUUACAAGUUUCGAGUGUGCGAGGGGAAAGUACAAACCAUCGAACAAUUUAUCUGUGAAAGAAUCUAGUAAAACACCCUAA